UGCGAGCUGUCAGGCAUCAGGGACCGCGGGGACAGCAGCCCUCCAAGGACUGCGGGGCCAGCGCGGCGCUGGUCUGCCCUGCCGCCGCCUCUGAGCUGUCCCGCGGGCCGGGCAUGAGCGCGGGCGCCGGUGCGGCAAGAUGAGCACCGGGGGCAGCCCGGUUCGCGCCUAUGAUUUCCUGCUCAAGUUCCUGCUGGUGGGCGAUAGCGACGUGGGCAAGGGCGAGAUCCUGGCGAGCCUGCAGGACGGUGCGGCCGAGUCCCCGUACGGUCACCCCGCGGGCAUCGACUACAAGACCACCACCAUCCUGCUGGACGGCCGGCGGGUGAAGCUGCAGCUCUGGGAUACGUCGGGUCAGGGAAGAUUUUGUACCAUAUUCCGCUCCUACUCUCGGGGCGCACAGGGUGUGAUCCUGGUCUACGACAUCGCAAACCGCUGGUCCUUUGAUGGCAUCGACCGGUGGAUUAAGGAGAUCAAUGAGCACGCCCCGGGGGUCCCUAAAAUCCUGGUGGGGAACCGCCUGCACCUGGCUUUCAAGCGGCAGGUCCCCACGGAACAGGCCCAGGCCUAUGCGGAGCGCCUGGGUGUGACAUUCUUCGAGGUCAGCCCGCUGUGCAAUUUCAACGUCACUGAGUCCUUUAUGGAGCUGGCCAGGAUUGUGCUGCUGCGGCAUGGGAUGGACCGGCUCUGGAGGCCAAGCAAGGUACUGAGCUUGCAGGACCUGUGCUGCCGGGCAGUGGUGUCCUGCACGCCCGUGCACCUGGUGGACAGGCUGCCACUGCCCACGGCCCUCAGGAGCCACCUCAAGUCCUUCUCGAUGGCCAGCGGCCUGAAUGCCAGGGUGAUGCACGGCCGCCCCUGUUCCCUCGCCACCAGCUCCAGUCACAAGAGGACCAGCCUCCGAAAAGCGAAGGCUGCCCACCUUCCCCAGAGCCCCCCCAAACGCUGCACCAGAAACAGCUGCAAAGUCUCCUGAGGAGGGCGCGAGGCAGAGGAGUGGCACAGGUGGGAGGCAGGAGGCCGCUCUGGAUGCAGACACCCGCCAAUGUCACGGUGACCACGCGGCCCUGAGCAAUGAAACUGCGGC